AUGUUAUUUUAUGUGGAGCUUUUUCCUUUCUGUUACUUUUCAACUAAAUCUAAUAGCAUUUGCUUACUUCUAAUUUUCAAGGGAGAUGAAGCAUCAUUGCAAAAAGCGCUGCAUUUGGUGUACAACCUCAAUCAGGACUGUGUAGAUGUUCUGUUUUAUGCUUCUUGGUGCCAGUUCUCGAGGAACUUCAGACCAAGCUAUUCAACCCUGUCUUCCUUAUAUCCAUCUAUUCCUCAUUUUGCAAUAGAAGAAUCAGCCAUCAGACCAAGGUGUAAACUUGGUGAAUGUCGUAUCCUCUUAUGUGAGCCAGGUUCCAAGCACAGGUUGCAGAAAUUGCAGUUGAAUUUUCCUAGGACCGUAGCUACCAUGGAUGAUCAUCGUGAUAAUGAAAUACAGGGAAUUGAUGGAGCUAGUCAUCCUACGGGGGAAUCACAAGGUACCAACACUAGUAAAAAGACCAAAUUCCGUGGUCCGUCAAAAGGAGUUCAAGCCAAAAAGCCUAUGCAUCUUCAGUAUAAUCAAUAUGGAAUCCCCGAUGGAGAAUGGUCAGGAGAAUACGGGAAGCAAGUUGGGUCUUGUGCUGCUAGAAUUAACAUUAAUGUGAAAGAAUAUUCAACGUUAGAUGAACACACAAAGAAGGGGUUUUGGGAGGAGACCAAGCUUCUGUUCCACAUUAUUGAUGAUCCGGCUAAAAGGAGAGAAAAAUAUUUUCAUAUGUGUGUGGCGAAACGCUUUGGAGCUUUCAAGUCCAGGUUAACGCGGCGUUGGAUAACUAAGAAAGAAAAAAUGCCGAAACAUCAGACAAAUGACAUGCCUUGGGACAUCUACCAUCAAAUCACAGAGGAUGAUUGGAAAACAUUUGUGAUAGAACGAAACAAGCCGGAGAUGUUGGUUCGUAGAGAAAAAACAAGUAAAAGUGCAUUACAAAACAAGCACCCACAUCGCACAGGCCAAAAGGGUUAUGUUAGAAAGAGACCAGAGUGGAUAAAUGAUGGGCGACUACCGCCAGAGGCAGCUUUAACCCUCUCAAGUGGCUCCUCCUCAGUGACCUCAUCACUCACCACAGCGCCAGAUAGAUUUAAGAAGUUUAGAUCAGUAGAGUGGAUCUUGGCUCAUCAAGUUAAAAACAAAGAGGGAAAGUGGGAAGUUGACCCGAAUGAUAAAGAAGCCGUAAAUAUUGCUAAGAUGGCUUUGGAGUACAUAGAAGAAGAGGGAAAAGGAAAUAUUUCAUUCACCCAGGGAGAAGAUGCCCUCACCAAGGCUAUGGGAAAAAAGGAUCACCGUGGGCGUGUCAAGGCAACAGGUGGAGUUAAUGUCGGUUACAAAGUUGCUUUCGGUCCAAUAGACCGAAGUAGUAGAUGUGGCCAUAUUGAACCAUCACCGGAGGCUAUCGAAUCAAUCAGAGCUUCGGUGAGAAGGGAGUUUGAAGAUCAAUUAGAGAGAAAGGUGGCGGAGGCCCUCCAAAACCAACUAGCCACAUUGAAAGCAACCGGUCAACUACACACCCUCUCUACCCCCGCACUUGAUUCUUCUCUUGUAAGUGAUGAGUUUGAUGUUAACCGUGCACUCGUAACCUGUUGUCCGAGUUCAUCGCAGCAACCACGCGAGCUGAAGGCCAUAACUCCAUGUCGUCUUGCCCUUGAGGAUAAAGUUUUGGGUAACAAAGUGAUAGUGGCAGAUGGUAUGGCGUACCCAUUGGAUGGUUCGUUGCACCAACACUUUAGAUCGAUGAAGCCUAGUCAUUAUAAGGUCCAAGUUGAUUGUAUUUACGACGGACAUGAUGAUGACACUCUUCCGGUACCUACUGGAGAUGGAUUCAAUAACUUAGGCAGGGCUCUUGCUAGUUUUGUGCAAUGGCCAAUUCACUUGGUGAUUUUCGAAGAAGACGAGGAGUACUCUACUCCACGCCCAACAAAGAAGUCCAGGAGUCAGAUUUUUGAAGAGGUGGUUGGUAGCUCCAAAGAGAAGAAAAACGAAUUAAUUGUCAAAGAGAAGACAACAGAAUUAGUUGUCAAAGAUAAGACAACAGAAUUAAUUGUCAAAGAGAAGGCAACACUUGAUUUAGGGUCCAAAGAGAAGACAACACUGAAGUUAACGGCCAAGGGAAAUUCAUGCUCAAAUAAGUUGGAGUCGAAAUCGAAGUCGAAGAACUCUAAGACGGCCAAAGAGAUGGUAGGUAGUUGUGAUCGUAAAACUGAAGAAUCAGCCGCCAAAAGUAAGAAGCAAAAUUUGGCAGACGACACAAUUCAAGGUCUUGGCCCAUCAUGCAAUUAUUUGAAGUUUAUCAUCAAUACGGCGCCCGGUGAUGUAUAUAAAAAUACUUCAAUCCCAUUGCCCGCUUCGGUUUGGCAUUAUGACGAAGAUCGACAAACUUAUGUAAAUGAGGUUGACGUUGAAGAGUUCCUUAGAGGGGCGUGCCUCAACAUUUCAGUGAUCCAAGUCUAUAUGAUGUGUUUAUUCCACGAACACACCUUUGCAUUUGACAACUCUCAGAUUGGGUUUGUUUGUCCCGAGGCAAUGUCAAGCUCUAGAAUCAAGGCCAACCCUCAGGCUGCAUCAAUGUAUUUGAAAGUAGUUUUCAAUGCUGAAAUUGAAAAGGAGAAGAAGGGUGAUCCUAACAUUACCAAGUGGUUUUUGAUCCCAUACCAUCAAGAAAAUCAUUGGAUUUUGUACGUGUUAGACCUACGUAGAGGUUGUGCGUAUAUUUUCGACUCUGCGAUAGGUUCCAACCGAGAAAAUAGUGCAUGGGGAAUCUUGUGUUUGGCAUACCAAGUGUACAAGUUUAAUGAUGGGAUUUGUCCGAAUAGAGCGACUAUGCAGGGGUUGAAAGGCUUCCAUGUAAAGUGUGCUCAACAAGUCGGCGCCCACGAGUGUGGCUAUUACGUUAUGAAGUUCAUGCAUGAAAUAGUCACGUUACACCAUAACACUGAUGAGCGGUUAGACAAUGCUUACACUCCAAGAAAUGCGCCUUAUACCGAUGAGGAAAUAGAUGUGGUUCGUGAGCAAUGGGCUAAGUUUUUUACAACCGAGUAUUUAUUUACUUAGGUUGUUUAGACACAAAGAUGGAAGCGUUUAUAUCUUCAUGGAUUUGGCUAGGGAUCGAGUCGAUUGGAAGAAAGUCAACACGACCUUACUUAAGGUUUGUAAUGCAUGAUCUAAAGGGACCUAAGUGGCUGGAUUAGAGACAUUUGUUAGAUUAGCUCUCUAGCCUUUUGUCUUUAGUUGUUAAUAUUAGUUGUAAUUUGUUAGACUAGC